AAUUACACGCCUUGAGUAAAGUGAGUUCGACGCCGGAAAUAAUUGGCGAAGGAAAAACACAUCGAUCGCUUUGAGAUUUGCAAAAGUGCUAUUUGUUAUUUGAGUUUUGCGAACGAAUCUUGCUCUGUAUUGUGCAGUGAGUUGACGAUUUAGAAUGGAAUCGUUGUGGAGAUUUGUGAUUGUUUUGAAUCUGCUGGUUAUCACGUGUGGAAAAGAGAUUCGCAUCUCCAUCAACGGUACGGAAGCCAUCUACAAUAUCGAUAAAAAAUCUCCAUCCGUUACGCUAGGAAUGGGAAUUUUUAAAUACGGUGUCAUCAAAUAUAUGAACAACACAAAACUCUUGACAUUAGCAAAAGCUCUCGGUCCAUCGUAUGUUAGAAUGGGAGGAACAAAGUCUGAUCAUUCACAUUUUGUUCCAGGAAAUAUUGCCAGUGAAAUCCGAGAACAAAAUUGUCUUGGAAAAAUGCCAAAUAACGAAGAAUUUGUGCAACAUAUGUUGAAAGUUGCAGAAUGGCAAUUUGAAAAUUCAUUUGCGAAAGAAAGAUAUGGAUUAUCUGAUAAUAAUGUAUCAUACACAGGAUCAGAGUUCGACGAUCUGAUGUCCUUCGUAAAUUGUGCGAAUUGGGAACUUAUUUUUGGACUAAAUCUGUUGGAUAGAAAACAUGGUAAUAAAGAAUGGAAUUCCACAAAUACUGUUCAAUUACUCAAUUAUGCUAAAAGCCAAAAACAUCGAGUGAAUUGGGAACUUGGUAACGAACCGAAUUCAUAUCAUCAUCAUACAGGAUUUUCUGUAACGCCGCGUGAAAUAGCCACAGCUUUCUUUCAGCUAAACAAGAUCUUGAAGUCAGACUCAUGGUGGAAACAAUCGAAAAUAAUUGGACCAGAUGCCAACACGAUGUUCAAAACUUCGAGCUUGAAAUUUUUUAAAAAAGUUGUUCAUUACAUGGGAUCUAUUUUGAAUGCUGUGACAUUUCACCAGUACUACGUGGACAGUAGAGUGGCAACAAUUUUUAACUUUACGGAUCCUGCUCUUUUGAACGAGUUACUACCACAGCUGAAACAUGUAAAAGAAAUAGUUAAUCGACAAUCUCCAGAUCUUCCCGUUUGGAUCGGAGAAACUAGCUCAUCCUAUGGAGGUGGAGCAAAGGGUCUUUCGGACACUUACGUUGCAGGAUUCAUGUGGCUUGAUAAGCUGGGUUUAUCUGCAAGUAAUGGGAUAGAUAUUGUAUUCAGACAAACAUUAGUAGAAGGAAAUUACGCGUUGCUGGACGACAAUUUCGAUCCUAGGCCGGAUUACUGGCUGACAUUGCUGUAUAAAACAUUGGUCGGAACUCAAGUUUUGAAUGUUACGAAAACAGUUAUCGGUGCAAUUUCUAAACAACAUACAAAGGUUCGAAUAUACGCGCAUUGCACCAACACAGAAAGAACAACAUAUCCAACAGGAUCUGUGACGUUAUAUUAUCUCAAUUUAUCUACAAGUAGAAAGAAAUUAUCAUUUGUACAACAAAGUGAACAAAACUUAACCAUAGCAGUGACUUAUAUUUUGACUUCUACACCGGGAGUUUUGAAUUCAAGUGACAUUUAUUUGAACAACAAGAAGCUUCGAAUGGUAGAUAUUCACACGAUGCCAACUUUCAAUCCACGUCAAGUUAACAUCGGUGCAGGAAAAAAGAUAAAUUUGCCACCUUCGUCAUUUGGACUCAUAGUUUUGAAAGACUCUAAAAUAAAGGCUUGUUUAAAAUGAAAUCGUAUUCCUUGAUUUAUAUUCAAAUCAAACUCAACUCAAUUAACUGAUUCAAAAAUACAAGAAUACACCUAUUUUGAAACCCAAGGAUAGUCAAUUGCCUUUUCGUUCUCAGUAUUGAGAAUUACAAUGUCGCUGCUCGGAACCAGCCCAUUAUAA